AUGUCGUGUCCACAAUCUAUUGACGAUUUCAUUCCAGAACAAUUCAAAUUACUAGAUACUAUCUCUUCCCACUCUAACAACUUUGUUUGUUUCUGCAACCAUUGCCACUCCAAAUUAUUUGACGAAACAUCCUCUGCUGGAGUCCAAGAAGACCAAAUUCAAAAACUAUUGAAUAACCAUCUUCUCAUUAAAGAAGUGCAUUGCAUUGCCUGUCAUGGAUUCGUUGGGUUUAAAAUUAAAAGUUUCAUCCCAGAUCAAUAUGGUUAUAUUUAUAAAACACAGAAAGUGGGCGGGUUAAAUGAUUUUAAGAACUUUCUAUUGUGUUUGGAAAAUGGAAUAUCGGAAGAACAAAGAUAUGCCAAGUUUAUUAAAACUAACAAAAAGUAUAUUGAUAAAUAUUUUAUCUGCGUGACAAAUGUGGUGGCAAAUUUCAAGAGUCGAUCCUGA